AUGAGUUCAAAUUUAGGUAGUACGUCAGAAGAAGAUCCUCCUAUACGUUUAUUCAUCGAACCGUUUCAGUUGCUGUUCGCCAGGAAAGCCAAAGGCUGCCUUUGGCCCGCUAUAAAAUUGGGAAAAUCGAAUUUCGUGCCCGACGGGUAUAGGGUGUACUAUUUUCGAAACAAAGCGAUACAAGAAACCACUCCCAAGAAUGUAAUAAGCGAUUUCAGUAUACUGUUAGAUGAAGAGGUUAGCUUCAAGUACGACGGUAGAAAAAGGGGCUUGGUUGAAAAUAUCCAGACACAGAAUUUGAUACCUUAUUUCUUUAUAGUUGCCAAUAAGAACCAGUUGUACAAAGUUUUGUACAACGAUGUUUAUCUGAAUAGAAGACAGGCAUGGAGAAUACUCAGAAAAUAUUCUGACGAGUCUCAUGUGGCUGAUUUCAAUGAUUUUUAA